UCAAGUUAUUUUUAGAAACACAUAAUUGAUGACGUUCUACACAGUGGUCUUGGUUGGCGAAGCUCUGGAAAAGAUGUAAAAGUUGCAUUCUUCAAAUAACUUUGUUGUAAGUGUGGUACUUGAGUAACUGCAGUCCCAGAGUCUCAGCUAAAAUGGCCGAUGCGGACGUGAACCCACUCUCUCUCCAGGAAAAACUUAUUCGCUACCUCAGAACUGGAACAGAGGGGUCAUUCUUCUUGCCAGGGAAAAAUAAAGUGUUUCGAAUGUUUGGUAAUGUGAUAAAAGUGAUGAUAGAAGCUGGACAAGGGCCUGAAGCUGUUGAAUGUAUUAAACGUGUUAAUGCAGAAAAGUCCUACUUAAAACGCGAACCUCUGUUGUAUUUUCUUGCUGUGGCUACGCAUUCAAGCAAUGAACCUACGAAGAAAGCGGCAUAUAUAGCCGUUAAUGAAGUAUGUGAAAAUCCUGUUGAUUUGUUUACAUGGUUAAAACAUGUGAAAGACUUAAGUCAGCUGACUAAAGGAUGGGGUGCGGGACUUCGUAAAACUGUAACAAAGUGGUACCACAGCAGAGAUCCCAUGUUGAUAGCGGAGUUUGUCACACGGUAUGUGUCUGUUGGAAGAUGGCACCACAAAGAUGUGUUCCGGCUCUCACAUAUGAAACCAGAAAAUGACAGUAUGGGUUUCAUCAUCAAGGUUGUGUGUAAAGGUUUAAAGGCAGCAAAGGAAGGCUAUAAGGAGCCAUCAGAGGAUAUUCAGAAUCUCAUUGCUUAUUUUGAUGGUGUGGACUUUGUAAAACAUUCAGAUGAUUCCUUUGCUGUAGCUAUGAAGAUGGAAGAAUUGGGACUGCAUAGACAACAUAUUCCAGUGGCAUUACUUUCUUCUAAAGAGAUAUGGAACAGUUUACUAUUGAACAUGUCAGUGAAGGAUGUGAUGUCUAACUUACCAGCGCUUGCCCGUCGAGCAUUUCUAACCAUUCCAGCCGAGGGAGGAGACGCUGAUAAAGUUGUCAAGGAGAUUCAGAGCAAGGUUCUAACCAAAAUCAAGGACUCGAAAGCCAUUGAACAAGAAAAAAUUAGUCCAUUUUUCAUCUACAUUGCAAUAAGGAACUACGUGAGAGUUUUCUCGAGGCAGGAGAGGCGGGAAAAAUCCCACAAGGCUGGGUCUGCCCAGAAACGAGAGGCAGCGACAAACACUGAACUAAAUGAGCCAACAUCUGCCAAGAAAAAGAAGAAAAAAAAGAUGAAGAAAGAAAGAGGUGAAGGAGAUGGGGAAUCAAAAGAUAAACAAAAUGAAGAGGAAGCAAACGCUACUGAAAAAGCUACUAAAAAUAAUCCAGAUUUAUUCGAAUCUAUGCACAGUGCUUUUAAAGUGGCUGUUGAGAAGAACCUACCAUGUACCGGCAAGAGGUAUCUGAUAGCUGUGAAAGCUUCUGUCAGUGAAUUGGGCAAAGGUAUUCGAGGAACUCCAUCUAUAUCUGCUCUAGAAGUGAUGGCCCUGAUGGCAACAUUCUACAAGAAAAAGGAAAAGUCCCCAGAUUUAGGAUUUUUUACAGCUUCACUCACACACAUGAACUUCCCCAAGGAGAUGGAGAAUAUUAUAGCUGAGAUUGGACAGAGAGCUGCACCAGUUCCCAACCUGGCCUGUGAUCCGGCAGCACCAAUCACCUGGGCGCUUGAGAAGAAGAGAAAAUACGAUGCAUUUAUUUUGUUGUCAGAUGGUACAGAGACACAUGGUGAAGUGAGGGCCGAUGAUAAACUCCAGGAAUAUCGCGAGAAAAUGAAUCUGCCCGAUACAAAGAUGGUACUGUGUGGAUUAAAUGCACCAAGACUAGACUUUGCAAAGGCUGCAGGAAUGCUAGAUAUAGGAGGAUUUGAUGCAACAGUUCCAGAAAUUAUCUACAGAUUUAUCACUGACCAGCUUGAUCAUUGAUGCCAGCCCAUGUAGGUUCAAUGUGAAAUAUACUGUAUGAGUAUUGGAGUGUUUAAGAUGACCUGUGGGCAUUUCAGCUUGACCUUAAAGUAAGCAUGGUAUACACGGUUAUCUCUGACCAUAUAGUGACCAGGUACCAGGAACAUGUGAAUACGCUGUGAAACAGGGACAAUAUUCCUUAGUUAUACAUACAUAGUCUGUGCUAGGGGUUCUUUAUUAUAUUGCAUGCUGGAGAAUAUGUAAACAACAAUAAAACUGGUGUUGAUAAUUAUAUAUUGUCUGAAAAAGUUAUUGUCUGUUUUUCUUGAAGUUAAAGAGAUCCGUACAGUCUUUAUCCCAUCAAUGUAGAAAAUCUACAUUUUCAAAAAUAAUUAAGGAGGUUUUUAAUUCUUAUGAUAGAUUUAUGUAUGGAGGGGUAACAGAGACAUAAUUUAUAUUGAAUUUAUCUUUAUAUUUCGAAAUGGUGCAAGCAAUACAACAGUGAGAUGUGUAAUACCGUACUGUAGUUAUCCUGUAAAUAUACAUAGAAGUAGGUUAUGGUCUAGUGGUUUAUGUUGUUGC